GCAGCCUUAGUCUUAAUUAUUCGUUCAUGGGGGAAAGUUUAACCUAAAUCAGAAUGAGAACGCUAAUACUCGGUACAUUUCUAUUCUUAGUAAUCCUUGGUGAGUCUAUUAUCGACGCAUCUCGAAUACUGGCAGUGUUUCCGAGUACCAGCAAAACAAACUAUAUCUUCGGACAGGUGCUGUUCGAGCAGCUCGCUUCAAGAGGCCAUGAGAUAACAGUGAUAAGCCCAUUCGAGAUUGAGUAUGACAGCGAAAACAUCAAGCAAAUCAAGCUGACCGGAAUGUUUGCUCAUCUAGAAGAUUACGGCAUGAACACAAACAUCUUCACCAAGUGGGACAAAUCGAGCUUCUAUGGGAACAGUAACCUGAUCUACGGUACGGCAGCAAUGGCCGACUACACCUUGGGACAUCCCAAGGUACAGGAGCUGCUAAAAUCCGAUGCAACGUUUGACUUGUUGAUACUGGAUCAGGUGCUUUCCGACAGUUUGUUGGGCCUAGCGAAUCACUACGGAGUACCGGCAAUCGUCUACAGCUCAACGGCUACAAAUAAGUUCACAAAUGAGAUGGUUGCUAAUCCACAUAAUCCUGCAUACAACCCGAUCAGCUCUCUAGGUUACUCGGACCGGAUGUCGUUCGACCAAAGGCUGUGGAACACCUUUAUUUCAAUCUCGGAACAGUUCAACUUCAAGUACCUGUACCUUCCGUCACAGGAAGCAGUCUACCAGCGGCACUUUUCCAAGAAGAACCUACCGCCGCUGUUGGACGUCAUCCAUAAUGUCAGUCUGGUUUUGAUCAACUCGCACCCAUUGAUCAACUACCCUCGACCAGUCGUUCCCAGCAUGAUCGAAAUCGGUGGGCUUCAUCUGAGGAAAUUUGAAUUUAGUGGACUAUCACAGGACGUCAUCAACUGGGUCGAAGCGGCCAAGAACGGUGUAAUCUACUUCAGCAUGGGAGGUAAUACCAAGUCAAUCGAUCUCCCGGAAAACGUUCGGAAAGCUUUCACGGGAGCGUUUACUCAGCUAUCCGGAACACUAAUUAUCUGGAAGUGGGAAAACGCUACGCUGGAGAAUCAGAGUUCCAAUGUGAUCAUCGGGCCCUGGAUGCCACAGCAGCAAUUGCUAGCGCAUCCAAAUGUUAGAUUGCACAUCACCCACGGGGGGUUGUUGGGCAUGAUGGAAUCGGUGCAAUACGGGAAACCUAUUCUGGGGUUACCGCUGGCUGGAGAACAGGAAAUUCUGGUCGAUAGAGCAGUGGCAGCAGGGUAUGGAUUGAAGUUGAAUUACCAGAAUAUUACCCAGGAGAUUGUGCUGGAGUCAAUCAAACGAAUAAUGGAAGAUUCGUCGUUCCGAGAGAACGCCCUCAAAGCGUCUAAACAGUUCCGAGAACAACCGAUGAAACCGAUGGACAAAGCGAUCUACUACAUUGAGUAUGUUCUGAAGAACGAUGGAGGUGUACCGAAGCUUCGUUCCGGGGCUCUAAAUUUGACCUUCUGGGAGCGGCACCUGGUGGAUGUGGCAUUGUGCAUCGUAGGAAUCUGUCUGCUACCGGUUGCGAUGAUAGCCAUUUUGAUUCAAAUUGUUCUGAGAAAAAGUUACCAGAGAAGGUUGGCUGCUGCUGGUGAUGAGAAGCAAAGGAAGAAAGGUGCAAUAAAGAAGAAGACCAACUGAAGACUGACGAAAUUUGAUUAGUU